AUGCUAAUAUUGGAAUCAUGGCGGUGGCAGGUCACAAGAUACACCGCGGUGACUGACCAGGAAUUCCCGGGCAAGGAAAGCAUAAUGACCAACCCCAAGUCCCUUUUUGACGAGCUCCCCACAGACGACGGCAAGAUCCAGGAGUAUAAGGCGGCCGGGAAGCUCGAAGGAAAAAACGCAACCAUUACGGGCAGAGACUCUAGCAUCAGCAGGGAGACUAAGAGGCGUGUUGAGCAGCAUGGCCGCAAAUGCUACUUGUUCCCGACUGACAUCACAGAUCGAGAGGACUGCAGAAAGGUUGUUGACGAAGCAAUGAUGGUCGAAGAUAUAAAAGGCCUUGACGAGGACCAGUGGCUCCAUGCCUUCAACACAAAUAUUCACCCCAUCUUCUACCUCUCCAACACUAUUAUCAACAAUGCCAGUAUCAAUGCCUACACUAGCCGUCCAGAUCCCCUCGACUACACGUCCACCAAAGGUGCCAUCGUCUCCUUCACACGGGGAUUGAGUAACCAGCAGGUGGGUAAGGGCAUCCGGGCCAAGGCCAUUGCUCCCGGGCCGGUGUGGACGCCUCUUAUUCCGGCGACCAUGACCAACGGCGCCAAGAAACAGUUCACCGCUCCCAUGGGCCGGCCCGCCCAGCCAAGUGAGAUUGCAACAUGUGUAGUGUUUCUGGCAGCUGCCGAUAGCUCGUGUAUCAGCGGGCAGACAAUCCAUUGCAACGGCGGAACCAUUGUUAGCGGUUAG